AGAAAAUUUUAACUAAAAUAGGUGGUACGUUUGAGGUUUAAUUUUCCUUAUCAGUUCUUUUUUGAGUUUAAAUUUUCAUGAUACUAAAUAGAUCCUUUAAUUUUAUAGAAAUCUUAUUCUACUCAAUGGAAAUCUUAUCUAUUGCUGGAGGUGCUUUUUUAUCUGUUGCUUUUGAGAGGCUCUUUAAGAAGUUGAAGUUCAGCAGAUCACUCAAUUUGCAGAAGCGGGUCCUUAAUAAGUUGCAAAACUGGGAGAGCUUAUUGCCGAUAAUCUUUGCCCUUCUUGAAGAUGCAGAAGAAAAGCAGAUGUCUAAUUCCAACCGGUUGAUAAAGAUAUGGCUUGCUGAAAUUAGGGACUUGGCUUAUGAUAUGGAGGACAUCUUAGAUGAAUUACAAGUUGAUUCUCAGAGAAGCAGUUUGAAUAUUACAAAACCUUACCAAGCCAGCACUAGUAAAUUCAUCCCCUCAUGCUUCAACUGUUUUAAACAGAAUGAUUUGUUGAUCUCUAAUUCCCAGACCAUUUCUAAGGUGGAUGACAUCACCCUCAGAUUGCAACGUCUGGUAAAUGAAUCAAACACACUCGGCUUAAUAAUGGAAGUUGGAGAUAAGCCUGGUGAAAUGGCUCUAGGAAGGUCACCCAGUACUUCUCUACCUGAACUUUAUGUUUGUGGUCGACAAACCGAAAAAGCAGCUAUCCUUGACAAGUUGCUUAAUGAUGAAGGCGGUUCUAAAGGAUUUUGUGUUAUUUCCAUCCUUGGAAUGGGAGGUAUUGGCAAGACCACUUUAGCUCGACUUGUUUACAACGAGGUGACCCCAGAAAACUUUCAGCUUAAAUCCUGGGUUUGUGUCUCUGAUCAAUUUGAUAUUACAAGCAUAACAAGAACCAUUCUAGAGGCAAUUGGGGCAAAGUGUGUUUUGAAUGAUUUAAAUUUGCUUCAACAAGAAUUGAACAGCAGGUUAUCUAACAAGAAGUUUUUAAUUGUACUAGAUGACGUUUGGAAUGAGGACUACUUAUUGUGGGAUAGUCUACAAAAACCAUUCUUAUCAGGAGCAGCUGGAAGUAAAAUAAUCAUCACAACUCGCAAUGAGCGUGUUGUAGAUAUUAUGGGAGGGUUGGAUAGAGUUUACCAUCUAGAAGUAUUGAAGGAUGAAGAGUGCUUGUCAGUGUUUGCUCAACAUGCGUUGGGAACAGACAAUUUUGAUGCACACCCAAAUUUAAAAGAAAUUGGUGAGAAAAUUGUUAAAAGGUGCAAAGGAUUGCCAUUGGCAGCAAAAACCCUUGGGGGCCUCCUAUGUGGUAAGUUAAGCCGUCCUAUGUGGGAACGCAUUCUAAAUAGUGAAAUAUGGGAGCUGCAAGAAACUAGAAGUAACAUUCUUCCAGCUUUAAGAUUGAGCUAUCAUUAUCUUCCUUCUUAUUUGAAGCCAUGUUUUGCUUACUGUGCAUUGUUUCCUAAAGACUACGAGUUUGAGAAGAACCAGCUUGUUUUGUUGUGGAUAGCUAGUGGGCUUUUACAACAACAAUCAAUAGAAGCUGGUCAUCUAUAUUUCUCUGAGUUAGUUUCAAGAGCAUUUUUUCAAAGUUCUAGUGGGAAUAAAUCACGAUAUGUGAUGCAUGAUCUCAUACAUGAUUUAGCUCGGUUUGUUGCUGGAGAAUCGUGCUUCAAUCUUGAAUAUAUGUUGGAGGUUGAUAAAAAAUUGAAAGUGAAUUUUGAAAAGAUAAAUGAGCUGCCAGAUUCAAUUGGAGAUUUAGUACAUUUGAAGUACCUUAAUUUGUCAGAAACUCUAAUUGAAAGUCUACCUGAGUCAGUGGGUUUUCUCCUCCAAUUACAGACACUGUUGCUUUUCAACUGCCACAGGUUUCUGAAGUUACCUAUGGCAAUUGGGAACUUAAUUGACCUUCAUCAUUUGGAUAUUAGAGGUACAGAUUUCUUGAAAGACAUGCCAUCAGGAAUGGGUAAUCUAAAAAAUCUCUUAACAUUGUCCAAAUUUAUUGUGGGGAAGGAAGAUGGAUUGAUGGGAUUAUCUGAUUUGAGAAACUUCUUGCAACUUGGAGGUAACUUGUCUAUCCUAAAUCUACAAAAUGUUUUGAAUGUUCAAGAUGCUAUGAAUGCCAAUCUAGAGAAUAUUGAUGGUCUUGAUGAGUUACUUUUGGAGUGGACUUCUGAUUUUGGUAAUUCAAGGAAUGAAAGCAAUGAAGAAAUUCAAGUUCUCAAUUGGUUGAAACCUCAUUCAAAUUUGAAAAGUCUCACAAUUGUUUCCUAUGGUGGCCGAAAAUUCCCUUUAUGGAUUGGUGAUCCAUUUUUUUCUAAUUUAUCAUAUUUGGAGCUUAGAGAUUGUAAGAGAUGCACUUUGUUACCGUCACUUGGGCAAUCACUUGUUCUCAAAGAAUUGAUUAUUGAAGGCAUGGAGGGAAUAGAAGUAGUGGGUCUAGAGUUUUAUGGGAGUGGAACUUUUUCAUCACUAGAGAAGCUGGUUUUUCAAAACAUGUUAAAUUGGAAGGAAUGGACUUCUCCAACUAGAAGUGGAGGUGAAUUCCCUUGCCUUGGCCAGCUUAAGAUUAAAAAUUGUCCUAAGUUGACAGGUCAGUUACCUAGCCACCUUUCUUCUUUGGUGAAUCUUGUGAUAAAUGGAUGCCCAGAUUUUAGAUGCUCAUCUACUACGAGUCUUGUGCCACUUAAAAAGCUUCAUAUUAGAGACUGCAAUGUUAUUCUUUUGAAGAGCAUGGUUGAUCUCCCCUCUCUUACUGAAUUGACCAUUGAGAAUAUUUCAGAGAUGUCUUGCUUGCCUCAGUGUUUUACACAGUUCUUAAUAGCUCUUGAGAAUCUUGAAAUUGAAGGGUGCGAAGAACUUGCUUGUUUGUGGGAGGAUGGAUCAGAAAUAGCAAACCUUGCUUGUCUUGAGAACAUGGACAUUAGGAGUUGUCCUUUGCUUGUGUCGUUGACAAGGAAAGAACAAGGCCUCUUUCCUUUGAAUCUUAAACAUCUUGCCCUCUAUAGUUGUGAGGCAUUAGAGUCAUUAUUACCUGAUCUGCUGAUGAGGAAGAUGGAUGGAAGCAGUAGUAAUAGCUCCAACGUGUUGGGACUUGAAGAAUUGGUACUUGAUGGUUGUCCCUCUCUCAAGUCAUUGUCCUUACCCACCACACUUAAGCAGUUGACAAUAUACGGAUGUAAAAAUCUUUCUCUGCUGGGUGAAAUACUGAUGCAUGAAGAUGAUGGUGACAACAACAGCAAUCUAGAAUAUUUAUAUAUAGAGGAAUUUCCAUCUCUAAACUCUUUUCAAGGAGGUCAGCUACCAGCUUCUCUUAAGCAAUUUGAAGUUACAAAUUGCAAGCGGUUAGAAUCUUUUCCAAAGGGGUUGCUGCAACAUUGUACAGGACUUGGAUUCAUUCGUAUUUGGCGUUGUGACAUGUUGAAAAGCUUACCCAGCCUUGAAUGCCUCAGCAAUCUCAUUGAAUUAGAAAUUGCAGAUUGUAAAGCUUUGGAGUCCAUCCCAGAUUUGGGCUUAUGCACCCCCAAUCUCAAGGAGUUGACAAUCGAGGGUUGUAAGAAUCUCAAGUCCUUCCUAAAUUCUACUACAAUGGACCAGCUGAAAUUGCUUCAGGUACUAAGCAUAAGGGAUUGUCCAAGCAUAGAGUUGAUUCCAUUUCCAGGUGAGAAAGUGAACAGGGGCUUAAUUGAAGUUUUGCUCCCUAACUUAGCAGCUCUUUCAUUAGACGAUGUGAUUCUCAAGUUUCUACUACCAAAUACGACUCAGAAACUAUACAAUCCAGUUCCAGAUGGGCAUUUGGCAACGAUGGCGGGAUGCAGCCUCCAGAAGCUUACCUCUCUUCAAUACUUGAAAAUUAGCAGUCGGACAUGGCCACCGGAUGUUGUGCUGCCUUCUUCUUUAACCACUCUCUCCAUCGGACUGGUUGAAAAUCUGGAAUCAUUACCCAGACAGCUCCUGCAAAACCUAAACUCUCUUCAAAGGUUGGCAAUAUGGAACUGCCCCAAGUUACGAUCCUUGCCAAAGGAAGGCUUACCUCCCUCACUUGGAGCACUUCGGAUCUACGACUGUCCGCUUCUAAAACCACAGCGCUUUGAGGCGAAAGGAGACUAUUGGCCUCUCACAUGUACCAUCCCUUGCGUUGAAAUAGAUAAGCAUCAGGUAAUGAGACCUACUGCUCUGAAACUGAAACUGGGUAUCAUGUUAUGCUUUUUCAUCUGAAAUUUUUGAUUUACGAUUUAUAUUUAUAAAACUAAAGUAAGGCU